AUGAUCCCAGUGCAGGUAUGUGCCAGCUAUAAUGCAGGCGAAGAUCCUGUGGAAGCGCGUGUAGCUUUGAGGAGCGGCGCGUUUGAGGGCCUUAGAGACAAUGUCAGGGCGCUGGGGGAGUAUGCUGCCAGCAACAAGUCAGCCUCGGAGCAGGAGGCGAAGGAGCUGGUGGACAGGGCAUUUGGGGCCCUGCAGGACUAUGACUUUGAGCUGUUCCAGGCCAUCAGGAACAAAGAGAAGGUCAAGGAGAGCGCCGGUGCCAAGCUGCAGGGCGCAGUGAAUGCAUUGGAUGGGCUGCUGGCCACUGUGCCAGCCGACGAUCUCAGCAAGGCCAAGGAGAUUUUGGAAGCGAUAGAGAUGGGAGGGCGACCUGGCCAAAGCCAGAAAGCCAUAGAUUUUGAGCGUCUGCAGAAACUGGUGCCUGAACUGGGACCAUACAUGGCCAGUGUGGAUGGCGAAGAUAGAAUUGCGCAGAUGAAGCCCAGACCAGUGUUGCUGCAGAUAUUUGAGACCACGGUCUUUGCAGUCAAGAAGCCGGUGAAGGUGCUCCUGUCAAUCGUGGCCGGGGUGUUCUCUCUGCGGUUCCUGGCAGCAUUCCUGCAGAUCUGCCUGGAAGUGCAUGCGGAGCAUGAGCACAUUGCACCAGGAUGGCUCGUGGAAGGCCUGGGAUUAGUGAUGGCUGGGCUGGACCAUGUGGGUUUGGUGGUGCUGGAGUGCACAGAGGUGGCCCUUAUCAUCUUUGGGGUGUGGGUCAUGCUGCGCAUGAAGGAACACAUGGUCUCCAAGGUGCUUGUGCAGCGCGUGCAGGGCGAUGCGUCCAACACUGUUCAGCAGGCGGCAUUUGAACAGGUGCUGCUGCCCCUGUCCGGCAUGGGGUCAUGGAUGCUGGUGGUGUCUGGGGCGCUCAUGUCCAUGCAUGUGCUGGGCAUAAACCUGACCCCGCUGCUGACCGUGGGAGGCAUCAGUGGCAUAGUGGUCGGCCUGUCCGCUCAGGCGCUCCUGGGAAACAUGAUCAGCGGCCUCAACCUGUACCUGUCGCGGCCGUUCGUGGUGGGAGACAGGAUAGAUGUGGUGACGAGCAGCGGGGGAAAAGUGGUGUCCGGCUUUGUGGAGGAAGUCAGCCCCAUGCGCACCCACCUGAGGACCGACCACUGGCUCUCUGUCUUGAUCCCCAACAAGACGCUGUCUGAUCUGAUCAUCUCGAAUGAGUCGCGGAUCAUGGACUCCAAGAACGUGCGCUACUACAACAAGAUGCGCGUCUUCCAUUUCACAGCCUGCAUCCGCUAUCAGGACUUUGACAAGCUGGAAGGCAUUCUAAAAGAGUAUCGUGAGUUCCUGGAGGACUCUGAUAGUAUCGACAUGACGCUGCCUCUGCAUGCAAACCUGGCAGGCUUUGAGGAGGAAGGCCUUAAAAUUGCUGUCCACGUGCACUCGAGGCCGAGCGCGUCGCGGCACUACUCCAGCUUCAAGCAGGACAUGCUGCUCAACCUGGGCAAAAUUGUCAAGGCGCACGGGGCAGACUUUGCCUGGAAGGACCACGUGGAGUUCACCUCGGGCGUGCUGCCGGGCCCGGCCCGGGGGAAUGGCGUCGAGGCGGUGGACAUUGCAAGCCUUGCUGCCGCCUCAUGA